ACUAAAUUAUCCAAUCCAGCGAGUGAAGCAAAACAACUUCUUUUGACAGUUUUUUCGGCCUCGGCAUUUGAUGUUUUGUGGACUACAAUAAUUAAAAGAAUGGAAGAUGUAGAUACUUUGCUCGGUUAACGAAACAGAGGAAGCUGUACAGUGGUUACUCAGCUAACUGUAGGCUACUGUAGUAUUAGUGUAAUCUAUCUGACUUUGCAGCUAACGGCAGCAGCUAUGUUUACCAGCAUGUGGCUAGCAAGCGGUCGUCGUGAGUGCGUGAUCAGUCACCACAUUUCGUAGCUGUUAUGUACUUAUGGUUGAUAGUGCAGGAUGUUUCUGAUGUCACUGUACAUAUCACCAGAGAAUAGUCGGCUUUUUUAUAGUGAGUUUGGAAAUCGUAGGCCUACCCGAACUUUGAGAGGACAUCAAAGCUCCGAGAAGGCAGCGGCACAGUCAAGGUCCGAUGACUUUAUUACAGCGUACAGUUAACUGGGUAUUUUGUCACGUUACUUUACUCGUUGACUGUGACUGAGCCACCCGCUACUGACUGACCCAUUUGGCAAAUGGGAUUGAAUGGCUUAGCCAACUAAAUAACUGUGCAUCUGCCUUUUAUUUUUGUGUUAACAGUUGUGCAUACUAGCAAGCUAACGUCAACUGUGGAAGUAACCAGGACGUGUUAAAUCGUUUUAUUUUCUGGAAAUUGCCACCAAGGGAGAUAACGGCGAUAUGAACGCUAACCAAAAUUGCCAUGCUACCGGAGACCCCCAGUUGGACAAGGCCAUUUAUCAGUGGAUCACCUGGGAUAGGAAUGUGCUGACGCGGGCGCAGAUCGAGGAGCUGUCCCGGGAGAAGAACGUGGACGAGCUGAGGAGGAGGCUCUGCUACAGGAUGGCUUUCGGAACAGCAGGCCUGAGGGCGGCCAUGGGGGCAGGAUUCUCCUGCAUCAACGACCUCACUGUCAUCCAGUCCACACAGGGCAUGUACAAAUACCUGUCCAAGUUCUUCCCUGACUUGAGGAGCAGAGGGGUGGUGGUGGGCUACGACACGCGAGCUCAGGAUGCCAGUGGUUGCACCAGUGAAAGGCUUGCAAGGCUGACUGCAGCUGUUAUGCUUUGUAAGGAUAUUCCCGUUCAUCUCUUCUCUACGUAUGUGCCGACUCCCUUUGUGCCCUACGCUGUGAAGAAGCUUGGUGCGGCAGCAGGGGUCAUGGUCACAGCCUCACACAACCCCAAAGAAGAUAAUGGAUAUAAGGUGUACUGGCACAACGGGGCUCAGAUCUCGUCGCCUCACGAUAAGGAGAUCCUGCGCUGCAUCGAGGACAGCACGGAGCCGUGGCCCGAGUCCUGGAACGAGGGCUUGGCGGAUAGCAGUCCGCUGCGCAGCGACCCGCUGGACAAAAUCACGCGCCUCUACAUGGACGAGCUCGCCACUGUCUGCUUCCACAGGGAGCUGAACUCCCAGUCUCCUCUGAAGUUUGUGCAUUCGUCCUUCCAUGGUGUGGGGCACAACUACGUCCAGAGGGCCUUCCAGGCGUGCGGCUUCCCCCCGCCCAUCCCAGUGCCCGAACAGAAGGACCCCGACCCGAGCUUCUCCACUGUCAGCUGCCCCAACCCAGAGGAAGGGGCGUCUGUCCUGGAGCUCUCUCUUCGUCUUGCGGAGAGAGAGGGGGCUAAGAUCGUCUUGGCCACUGAUCCCGACGCUGACCGCCUGGCUGUGGCAGAGCUGCGUGACACGUACGUGACACAGAGCACAGUCACAUCGCAGCGAGACGUGUGCGGGUGGAAGGCGUUCACUGGGAACGAGCUCGCCGCCCUGCUGGGCUGGUGGAUGCUGUACAACUGGAAGGAGACGCAUUCAGAGCCCUCCGACACGGACAAGGUGUACAUGCUAGCCACCACCGUUUCCUCUAAAAUCCUCAAGGCCUUCGCACAGAUGGAGGGCUUCCACUUCGAGGAGACGCUACCUGGCUUCAAAUGGAUUGGAAACAAAAUUCACGAGCUGGAAAAAACGGGAAAUGAGGUCAUCUUCUCCUUUGAGGAGUCUAUUGGGUUCCUGUGUGGAACCAUGGUUCCUGAUAAGGAUGGUGUGAGCGCAGCGGUGGUGGUGGCAGAAAUGGCUGCAUAUCUCCAUACCAAGAACCUGACGCUGAACCAGCAACUGCAGAACAUCUAUGAAACCUACGGUUACCACAUUUCCAAAACCUCCUACGUCAUUUGUAAUGACCCACCCACAGUGAAGAGAAUCUUCACACGCCUUCGAAACUUUGAGGGCGAGAACGUGUAUCCGAAGUCUUGUGGGGGAUACAACAUUGUGAACGUCCGAGACGUGACCACAGGGUAUGACAGCAGCCAACCUGACCAAAAAUGUGUGCUUCCAGUGACCAAGAGCAGUCAGAUGGUCACCUUCACGCUGCAGAACGGCAUCGUGGCCACUCUGCGGACCAGUGGGACUGAGCCCAAGAUCAAGUUCUACACCGAGUUCUGCGUGCCGCCCGGAAAGAGUGACAUCACAAAUCUGGAGGAUGAGCUGAAAAAAGUGACAUCUGUUCUCGUGGAGGAGUUUCUAGAACCGGACAAGAACAAUCUCAUUCAACGGCGCGUCUAGAGAGCCGGCGUGGUUCGUCGCAAGCACUCCCCUAGUCUCCCUCCCAUCAGGUAGUCCUCGAGCAUUGUCUGUAAAGUCUGUGGACGCAAUAUGAAUGUAUCGCACUGUGAAAACUCACAUUUCACUUUAUGAACUCAGAGUGAUCGACAGCUUUUCUUUUGGACAUCUGUUUUGCCCAUGCUGCUGCUAAACUGACGUUAAGACCCCCAUGCAUUAGUCCCCCUCACUAUUCAAAGCAUGUGCUGUAGCCUGCCAUAGUAUCUAAUGUACUCUACGUAUACGUGUCUCCUUGUACAGUUUACCAAGAAAUUAUUUUCUCAUGUGUGUUCUAUUGUAUUUUAUGUUCGAUGCAUUAUUAAGCUAUUUCAUCUGUUCAGUGAUUUCGUUGUUUGAAUAACCCAUGUGCUCACUCCAUGUUCUCUUGGUGCUCUGGCUUGUAUCUUAUAUAUGUACAUAUGGCUGUGUGCACAGUAUGUCCGCACGCGUGGGCAUAAAUAGCACUUUCAUGCCACAUGUGUGAUGUACUCUGUGCUGUGUGCUGUGUUGUGUGUGGAUACACUCGGUGUGGCAUUGCACUUAUCAGCUCCAGUAGGGGGCGCAGUUCUAGCCCAGAACCCCCCCCCCCCACCCACACACACACACUAGUGUCUAGAAACGACAAUCAGGAGGCUCGCAGUUAGUCUGAAUACACCUUCAGUGUCACUGUGAACAUACAGGGUAGAAUGGAGAAUGGACUUUAGAAUGGAGGCUUUUCACUGGCCCUCUGGUGGCAGAUAUUUGUAUUGUUGCAUACAAAACAAUAUCCAUUUCAUAUUGAAUGGAUUCACAACAGUGAUGUAGGUCUCAAAAACUGAAUGAAUGAGCCAGUGAGUGCUGUAUAUCAAGCACUUAAUAUACUUAAUGUUCUCUUAUUUAAAAAAAAAAUGUAUUCAUUAUCCAAUUAGCAUUAUUUACCUAUUUAAGUUCAAACACAGCGACAACAAGCCUGCCGCGCCACUACACCUAACGCUUUAUGCUUGUCAAUAAUAGCAGGAUUGAUCACAGUUAGCGUACCUUGUGUGCAGUGGUCCUGUGGUUCACAACGAUAUGUGUUCUUCCUGCCUGUCUCUAUAGAGACUUAGCUAUAAUCCAUUUCAUUGGUCCAUGACGCUCCUGUGGUCUGAGUGUAUUGUUUUGGUCCUGUGUUUGCGUUGCUAAAGCUUUUCCCAGUGCUGUGCUGUCUGUAGAGUAGUUGUAUUAUUUCCAGUAUUAAAGAGCAUCACAUGCUGCUCUUGUAGCUGUUGUAAAAUGCUGAAUUCAUUUCUUUUUUUUAGUCAAGUCGGUUGUUGUUGUUUUUUUUUUAUUUUACUGUGACUUGUAUCUUUUGAUAUUCCAUUAUCAGGAAGUGCUUCAUGUUUUUGCGCUUUCCCAGUUGUAAACUGAUGUAACCACCAAAAACGUUUGUUAAUAAUGAAAUGAUGAGUUUAAAUUUAAUGAAAUGGCAAAUAAUUAUUGUAAUAAAUGAGCCAAAAAUGAUAAAAUGGUCUAUAAGCAUUAAGAUAGCUUGCAGAGUAUAUUUUCAAUUAUAUUUUUGGAAGAAAGAUGGGAAAACAAGAAUGCAUCUACUUUUUUGAAGAGACAUGUAAAUUCAUUGUUGAGUUUUUUGUUUUCAGUUUGAAAGUGGAAUAUUUAUUUUCUGUACAGUAAAACUGUCAAUGCCAAAUUGC